AUGACGUCACAAGUGGAAGAUUCCACACCCGAAAAAGGCAGUGGAAACGCUCUGGCGUUGGCGGAUUGGACGCCGCGGUCAGAGAUGUCCGAGCUGCCGGGAGACAGCAGUCUCCCCGAGAUGAACACAGUGACUGGCGUCAGCGACGUCUUACAGGCGGGCGUAGGCGGCAGGAGUCGGGCCCGGGAGGCCCAGGAAGGGCCAGUGGCCGGAGCCGCCCAAGCCGCGGCUCGGGUGCUGGGCGCCGCUCUCAGGCGGGUCCCUGGCCUCGUCCCAGGCCUGAUGUCAGUGCUAAGCCUUCAAGGGCAGCUUGGCCUUGUAGGAAUUAACCAGCAGCGGCUCUUCCAGUACCUGGACAGGUCCCCCAUGGCCGCAGUCAGGUUCCUCCGAGAUAGCGAGGACCGCAGGCUCUUUGUGGAAGGCUGCAAGGCCAGGGCUCGCCAGCUGGACGCCGAGGCCGGAGCUUUCACUCUAGCCCUGACGGCCUCGGACGCUGUCAGCCCGCUGGCCGACCGAGUCGGCAGUGGUUGAGAUAAGAUGGGUGGUGAGGAAGUCAGGUGACUCGGGAUCAAAGGCAGAGACGGCCGGUGCCGGUGCGGUCAGUCAUUAGGAAGGAAUGCAGACCAGAAGAGAACCCGGCCGUGCCCGUGGGGGAGGAAGCACACGGGAAGAGAAGGAGAAGGGCACUUGAGACGGAUGGAGCUUGCUUCCAGAGGCCCUGGCACGCCUCUGACCACGCUUUUUCUAUGAAUCAGGUUCGAUCCUCAGUAUCAUCAUUGCUUCUCUAAUGCUGGUACAAAAUAAUUGGAAGCCAAAGUAUGUUUGGGGAGUCUUCGUCCUGUGGCGUUUUCCUGGACUGGAUUUCCUCCCUGGAGGAGACUCGAAAACAGCCCCAAAGGAAAAAGCACUUGCUUCACUGCAAAAAGAAUAGGAACUCACUUUAAAAUAAUAUGUACAUGUAAUUUCUCUGUUCUUUUAACUCAUCAGUCUGGGGAGAGUUUUCUCAAUGUUAAUACUUUUUUCCAAAGCCUAUCUAUUUGCUGUUUUAAGCCUCUUGUUUUCUAUUAAUUUUUGUCUUUAUCAUUUCUUUUUUUAACUUUUUUAAUUUUUUAACUUCUUGAAUUGUAUUUUCAUUUCAUCAAUUUUCACCCUAAUUUUUAUUACAACCAUUUAAGCAAGAUGAUAAAAUUUCUUCUAAGUACCAUUUUGGUCAAACCCACAAAUUUAGGUACAUAUUAUUUUUGUUAUUUAGUUGAAAAUGCAUCCCAAUUGUGAUGCUAGGGAUUGAACCCAGGGCCUCACACAUGCUAGGCAAGUUCAGACCUUCUACAUGCUGAGCUACA